AUGAGAAUGAACCGAUCGCGGAGCCACCAAUCAAGUUCCGACGACUACCCGCAAUUCUCGGCAGCAGAACUGGCAGAAAUUGAGCACGAGAUCGCUAGGUCGACCGUUAAAGUCGUCGCCUGGUUUCGCCGAUCCGAGUGCGACGGUGCUGACGUGUACUUUCUCCCUCCCCCCGGCGCAACCCCAUUUAACAGCGUUGGUGGUUUAGACCCUUCAUUAGUCAAGCCUGCCACGUCAGCAUUCCCAGGAUCGUGUAGCGCAGGGAGCGGCGCAGCGACCAAGGGAUUGCCGCCACGUUGGACAGAACAUGCGGCUGAAAAGAGUUCAGGAUAUGGGAGAAACCCGAAUUCCCACUCGCAGGAUUGGGGGAGCAGCAAACCCCCUCCUCCUCUAGACUCUAAAAAGGCCACCCCGGGUAAGAAAGCUAAGGAAAAGGGCCGGGUAGAGAGCGGGGCUAGCGGGAAAGGCGGGAAGGCGGGGGGAGGGGGGCGAGGCGUGGAGAAGGCGAAAGCGUUGCUAGAGACGUCUGUAGAGCGGCGGCUGGUGCGCUCUAAGAGCGCUGUGGGGAAGCCGCAGCAGGCGGGGAAGGGGGGCGCGGGGGGAGGCGGAGUGGGGGGGCAGAGCCCCGGGGGUGGCGGAGCAGGGGGAGCGUCGGGGGAGGGGGGAGCAGGAGCGGGAGGGGGAGGGGGGAAGGGAAAGAAGCGUGAGGAGGAGGGUGAGGGGCUAGGGUUGCGGCGGUCUCACUCUGAGGACCGGAGGGGGUUGCAUGUGGGGGAGGGUGUAUAUGCCAAGGCGCUGAGGCUGCUGCCUAAGGGACUGGGCUUUGGGCGAGAUAGCACUGUAACGAGGGAGGAGGAGGAGGAGGAGGAGGAGGAGGAGGAGGAGGAGGAGGAGGAGGAGGAGGAGGAGGAGGAGGGGGACAAGGAAUGGGGAGAGGAGGGGGACGGAGAGGGGGGGAGUGAUGGAGGAGAGAGGGACGACAGAGGGGAAGCAGCUUCAGCUUUUGCCAAGGGGAGCAGAGGAUUCGGUGGGGCCAGUCACGCGGCGACAGCUGGCAACGAUGACCUUUAUGGUGAUUUUGACGAUGACGAUGAUUACGGUGCGGAAUCUCCUUUCAGGUCGCCUUAUAACGAGGAUUUUCGUAGCAGGAUGGCAGGGCGCGAUGGGAGCUCUGCAGAGCGUGAUUCGAGAUCGGAUGGGGGUUGGGAUGAGUAUGGGGAUGAGUAUGGGGAGGAGGAGGGGAGAGAGGGGAGGGACGGGAGGGACGAGAGGGGAGGGAGGGAAGGGAGGGAGGGGAUGGAGGGACAGAUAGGGAAGGAUGAGAGGGAGGAGGAGGAGCAGGAGGAGCAGGAGGAGGAGGAGGAGGAUGUUUUUCCAGUAGCCACACCCCCUGCUCUUGCAAGAAAUUCGACUAAGGAAAAGCAGAGGCCGGUCCAACGAUUGCAGAAGCAGGAGGAGGAGGAGGAUGAGGAGGAGGUGGAGGAGGAGCAAGGGGGAAGGAGACGAGAGGCUUAUUCACGCGCACAGGGGUUUAUGGAGCAAGGAGGAGAGGAGAUAGGCGAGAGGGCGUGGGAGGAGGAAGAGGAGGAGGAAAGGCAUUCUUGGGUGGGUGGGCAGGAGGAGGGAGGGAUGGAUGGAGCAGGAGGGGUGAGUGGUGCUUUCAGAAAGUUAGGUGGUGGUGGGAUGGUGCAGGAUGGGGAGGAGAAGGUGAAGGGGAAGGGCAAGAAGGGGAAAGUCAAGGGUGAGAAGGUUAAGAAGGUAAAGAAGAAAGUAAAGGAGGAGAAGGACAAGGAGGGAAAGGAAGGGAAGGAAGGGAAGGAGGGCAAGGGGAAGAAAGUAGUAAAGGUGAAAAAGCAGGUGAAGGAGAAGGAGGGGAAGGAGAAGGAAGGGAAAGAGAAGGAAGGGAAGGAAAAGGAGGGGAAGGUUGAGAAGGUGAAGAAGAUUAAGAAGAAGCUGCAACUGCAGCAGCCUUUGCAGCAGGAACGGGACGACAGGGAAAUUUUCGACCGUAUGAUGGCAGCAGCAGGGCAUCAUGGCAGAAUGGGGAGUGACAUGAGCCACGGCAUGGGGCACGAGCAGCAGGAAUGCCAGGCUUCGUAUGAGCCACCUCAGAAAGCGUUCGGGGCGCAACGAGCGGCUUUCGAGGCGCCUCCGAAGCAGGAGUGGGAUUCGGGGCGUGGCGUGGGGAGGCAUGGGGAGGAGCAGAUGCAGCAGAUGGGGGUUGGGAUGGGUGAGGAGGAGAGAAGCAGUGGUGGUGAUGGAAGGGCGGCGGACAGGUGGCGGAACGUGAUUGGCCGGCCGUUGGAGCGAGUGGAUGAGAGAUAUGAGAUGGUGGGGGAGGUGCUGGGGAGGGGGUACUUUGGUGAUGUGGUAGUGUGUCGGGAGCGGCACACAGGAGAGUACAUGGCGUGUAAAGUGAUCAAGAAAGCAAACAUCAUGAGCGAGGAUGAUGCAGAGGACGUGAUGAACGAGGUGGCAGCGCUGGACACGGUGCGCGGGCACCCCCAUAUUGUGCAACUCGUGGAGACCAUAGAGGACGAACAGGCCAUCUACCUCAUCCUCGACCUCUGUGAGGGCGGCACGCUGCAGCAUGCCGUCCGGAACGAAGGCCCCUUGAACGAGCGGCGGGCGGCGGCGGUUUGUCAGGGAGUGGCGGCGGCGCUGCAGUGGUGCCACGGGUGUGGGGUGAUGCACCGCGAUGUGAAGCCGGAUAAUAUUCUCCUCGUGCGGCGCGGGGAUGAUACCUACGUCAAACUCGCCGACUUUGGAAUAUCCCUCUUCUUCCAGCAAGGUGAGAACUGCUUGUAUGGGAGUGGUGCAGGGGGCCACUGCAGGAGUGCCACGGGCGUCUCCUGCAGGGAGACGGUGGGGUCAGCAGCCUUCAUAGCACUGGAGAUGCUGCAGCACGCCUACUCCCACACAGUCGACGUCUGGGAGACAGUGGGUUCAGCCGCGUUUAUAGCUCCAGAAAUGCUGCAGCACUCCUACUCCCACACAGUCGACGUCUGGUCCCUCGGCUGUGUGCUCUUCUUCCUCCUCGCGGGGGUCGUGCCCUUCCGAGGCGCCUCCAAGGAGGAGACGUUCGAGCGAAUCAUGGAGUGCCACGUGGACAGGGCCUUGCGGUUACCGCCGUGGCCGAGAGUGUCUCCCGGAGCGAAGGACCUGUGCGAAGGACCUGGUGUGGCGGCUGUGACAAGGGACCAACGUGAUAGAAUCGCCGUUGAGGAGGUUCUAUGUCACCCAUGGAUCACCGGCAACUAG